ACCUAAAUUAAUGUAUAUGUUCCUUAUUUCAUCGAAGGCAACUGCAAAUCAAGGAUUCAAUAAUGCACGAAGAAACUGUUGUAAAAGCGACAGUCUUGUAAUCAAUUUAAAAGAGACCAAUACAAGCAUGCCUCGAUGAUACAAAUACUGAAUUCACACAGUGAAAGGCAUAGCUAAUAGUAUAUAUUACAUAGUUUUGGAUUCGAAAGGAAACGACCCAACAUACGGGUCAUACGAAUUCCAAGGUCAAUUCAAUCAUAACUGGAACAUGGACUUCCUUGACGAUACCCCCAAGAAGGAAGGACUAGCAAAGUUUGUGCUUUUAUUCAACAAAACGACUGGAACUUCAAAAGUUCAGUACAUCCCGGUUGAUUCCCGCACGAGUAGGCUUAUUCCAAAAUGUGAGCAUCUCAUCUUUCCAAAACUUAAAGACUUGGUGGGAUACAGGGCCGUUGUCAUGGAGAACUACCUAUACGUCAUCGGUGGGAAAACCUGGGACACGGGGGAAAUGAUUGAUCAGACCCUGCGCUUCGAUCCGAUGACGAAUGCUUGGCAUUAUAUGGCGCCUAUGACUACAGCAAGAGCGAAGUUCUCCGUUGAUGUACUCGAUGGAUGCCUGUUUGUCACAGGUGGAGAGGUUGGUAAAGGUAAAGUGACUGACUCUGUUGAGUGCUAUAACCCACUCUUGGAUCAAUGGUUCCUCAGGAAACCGAUGCCUAAACCGAGGUUGGGGCACGCAUCCUGUAGUACACAAGGCAAGCUUUUAAUCUCUGGAGGCUACAGCAGCGCGAAACAUUUAUGCACAAAAGAUUUCUGGGAAUACGACCCGAAUCUAGACACAUGGGUUCCCCUUGUCAACAAAGGUCUACCAGCGUGCAGGCAAAAGCACGUUAUGGUGUCAACUAAACGGAGCAAAAGAAACAAAAUUUACAUCCUCGGUGGGAUGACUAUCGAUACAGAGGAAGGAGUCGAAUUAGAUGAUAACACCACAUGGACGUUUGACUAUGAUUUAAAGGACAAUACUGAGAUAGGGCCUUGGAAUACAAUGCACCCGCAUAUCAUGCAUAAUAGGAGCAACGCCGGGGGCGUCUUUCUCGGCAAGAACAUAUUUCUUUUCGGUGGACGUAAUAGGAAAGGUAUUCCAGAGAACGCUGGUCAGGUCGAGUUCUUCAACACUAAAAAGAAAAAAUACUACGAGGCGUUUCAGUUAGAUGACCCAAGUUUAAUUGACGCCGAUUGCUGUGUUUUGAAAGUACCAAAUACGAACACCGAUUUCAGUAGACUUGGUAUAGUGAUGUAUGAUAAAUGGAUCCUUUGGUAGUGUCACAAUAAUAAAUGGGAUCAUUUGGGGAUUGUCGACAUAAAAACACGAUACCAUUUAAAAAGUCUAGUGACUGUGUUUUAAUACAUAAAUUAAUGAUUCGGAGCUGAAUGCAAUUGGUAUUAUAUCUAAUGUAAUAUGGCAAGGAAAUACUAAGUUCUCGUCUCAUGAUUAAUACAUUUCCAAGUAGAUUGGCAAACGGCAACUUUUGGCUAUUUCUAUACAGUAUUAACAAGUGAAUAAUUACCACAAAAAUCAUUGAAACCAUAGAGAGAGACAGAGAGAAUUCACAAUGAUCACAUAAAUAUCUAGUUUUGCAAUACGCUCUGAUGUUUUGCAAAAAUAGCCAAAAAUCAUCCUGAUAAACCAUGACAUAUCAUAAUUUCUUCUUAGCCCUGAUAACUAUCACACUUAAUGACACACUUUAUAUCCAAAGAACAUGUGUAC